CCAAUUGGUCCUAUUGUUAUCGCGGUGCCCUGUGCCUAGGGUGGUGUUUUUCCAGCGAUAUUCGAUGCCCCUUUUGGUGGGACAUGACCGCCCGUGUGAAGAUUUAUUCCCAAAUCCACAAAAUCUGUGCCUUCAAUUCAAAAAUUUUUUCCCGCGGUCGCACUUUUGCAUUGUUUUAUGCCUGUCGUGACAGGUGGUGCCGUGGUGCCCGUGCUUCCGAUAGGCUCAACGACGUUUGCGCCGAAAGUGAUCAAAACUCCGCUCCUCUCCCCGUCUCCCCCUCUUUCUUACGUUCAUGCACGGGGGCAUGGGUAUUUCAUCUCUCGCGCGUCCUGUCCUUGUCCUGUCUAUUCCUGCUCCUGGUCUUUCAGCAAUACCGCCACUGCGUGGUGUUUCAAAUUUUUCUCUUCUCAACCGUUGGUAAAAAAGCUGAAAGCGUGUGACUGAUCCUUGAUCUUGAUUUUAUUGGAAUCGCACAAGCUAAACCUGCAUCUUGGACAUGGAUGUCGGCGGUUUGAUGAAGAAGGUGCUUGGAGUUCCCACUGCUUCCGCCAGCAACAGUCGCGAGCAGAAGCAAAGUGAAGUCGAUGAGUUCAAAGAAGUUCUCGAUCGUGAUUUUGAGGGCACGAUGGGAAAUGUCGAGUCUCUGCCUCCGCAUCAGAUGUUCCAGUCUCCUUCGAAGGAAGAAGAGAUGCUGGCUCUGGAACUUGCUGUUCAGGAGAAUGAAAUGGAGUUGGAACGUGCUAAAGCCGAGAUUUCUUCCUUGUCAAGCCAACUGGCCAUCUACGAGGAGGUGCACAAGCAGGACAAAGAGCUGCACAAGCAGGACAAAAGGUUGCACGAAGCAAAUGAAUCUCUCUUGGAGGUCAAAGACCAGAAUAUAAGAGAUCUAGAGAAGCAGCUCUCAAAAAUAACUAGUGCUCAGAAAAGCAAACAGGGAUCUGAAAAGCGGCUGCUGCGAUCCCUUGUGACGUUGGGAGAGAAACUGGAACAGCAUGGUCUUCUUACCAUUCACUACCAGAAGAAACUGACUGGUUGGAAGGCUGGGUUGAUGAGUGAAGCUAACGACGGACAAGCUGCCUUGGAGGAUAGAAAUGCCACUAUUGUCAUCAGUUCAAACAAUAAUGAUGAGGCUGAAGACGCAAUUGAGCCUGGGAAAGAGCAUGAAUUUCCUUCUCGUGAGGCAAUUCAAGGGCAAGGUUUGGCUGCACCCUUGCCUGAAGGUGCCGAGUGUGCCCUGUUGCCAGAAGCAAGAGAAGAUGGGGACAUGAUGGAGGGGGAGGCCGGCAACAAUGUCGAGGAGGAAAAGGAUGGAAGUGGCGAAAUGGUCGAUCCCUCUGAAGUGGCCAUGGAGGAUGCAAAUCAAUCCAGCACAGGCAAGGGUAACUUAUACCCUGAAACAACACGUAUCAAUGACAGCAACUUUGUUGCUGAGAAUGAGGCAGCAGCUUACAUUGAAGAACCAGUUGGGUUAAAACCAGAACAAUCCUCGACUGAGAAAGACCAAGAAGCUGUCUCUGCUGGGGCUGGACUGGCUCAGAAGAAGCGUCAGAAGAAGAAGAAGAGCAGGAAGCCCAAGACGCCAGAAAGUGAGAAUCAGUCAUGCACUCAGCCCGCUCGAAAGGAGUCUGUGUCUGGAGAUCCUGUCUUGUCCGAAGACAAAGAACCUGUUGCCCAAGAGGUGGAUCUGCCUGAGCCUAAACUCGACGAGGCCCAAGAAUCCAAAGUCUUGGAAGAGAAGGAAGACGAAUGUCUGCCAAAGAUCAGCAGGAAGCGCAAACGUGCUCGAGGAUCAAAGAAGAAAGUACCCACUGACUCCCUGGUUGCCACGCAGAUUUGCUUGCCACUCAAAGAAGACUUCAUGCUGAUCAAAUCCAAUAAUGUUAAAAGUCGCCCCCUGCAGUUUGACGUCACCCCUUGUGACGAUGACCCUCAAGAUGCUAAAUCUGCUCCACAGGAUGAUUUACCAGACAUUCCUGAGAAAAAGAUGGUAAUGUCUCCUAUCGGCAAGCCAGCAAAGAAGAGGCAACUUCCCAUAAUGUCAAAAGUUAUGGCGGGGCAGAAAUGGCACAUCAAAGACUUGAACUAAUCCUAUAUAAGCAUCAACAGCUGAGAGAUACAAAUUGGCAUUUUUUUUUAGAAGUUUCUAAUAGCUCAUGAUAAAUGCUUUGAAUUUUUGCUACUAAAUUUUUUUCGCUAUAUGGAGAUGCUUCUCAGCAAGUUUUGACCUAAUAAAAAAACGCUAUUUAAA